AUGAAGGAUGUACCUCCCGGGACUUUCUCUUUCCCAUACUAUUAUUCCUUCCCUCCGUUCUUCUCUCUCCAGCCAAACGCCAGCACACGGGCCGUCCAAUUCCAGCGCUGGUCCAACCUGAUCCAGUCCUGGUGCCGACAACACAAUAUAUACAAGCUUAAUCUCGCCGAGGCCGUGGAGUCGGAACUCUUUCGGAACGCUCAGAUCUCAAAGCGGCUCAGUUUAAGCGAUGCGAGGACGGUGCUAGAUUGGAUGUGCAAGGGAGAUGAAGAGGGAGGUGGGGGGCGGAGGGCGGAGUGGGUUGACGGACCCAGCAAGACUACGGCGUGGAUUUGGUGGAAGAGACCUGAGGAAUGGGCUGGAAUUAUUGGAGACUGGGUUGAAAACACGGGGCAGAAGAAUGUUGUCCUUACAGUUUAUGAGCUGAUUCGAGGAGAAGCGACUAUUUCACAAGAAUGGCAUGGGAUGGACACAGAAGCCAUGAUGCGAUCCUUGAACGUCCUUGUCAAGCAGGGGAAGGCACAGGUUUUCGGCAGCGAAGGUCAAGAGGGAGUGAAAUUCUUUUAG